AUGUUAGUAAACUUGUGUGAGAAAAAGAUAAUUGAGAAAAGUGAGGAGCCAAGUGAGUGGCAAAAUAAUCUAGUGUUGAUUGAAAAACCAGAUAAGUCUCUUAGGAUGUGCUUAGAUCCAAAGGAUUUGAAUAAAUGUAUUAUAAGAGAAAGGGUAGAAAUUCCUACGUUAGAGGAAGUAAGAAAUAAGUUAAUGAAUAAAUCAUUUUUUACAAUAGUAGAUCUAAAGGAUGGGUUCUAUCAAUGUGAAUUAAAGGCCGAGUCUAAGCAAUACUGUGCAUUUAGUACACCUUUUGGGACAUACCAAUUCAACAGACUACCAUUUGGCAUUGCAUGUGCUCCUGAAUUAUUCCAACAGUUAACAAACAAAUACUUUGGUAAUAUUAAUAAUGUAUGUGUGUACAUAGAUGACAUUUUAAUUAGUGGGGCAACAAAAGAAGAACAUGAUGAGGCACUGGAAAAGGUAAUGAGAACAGCAAGGCAACUAAAUAUUAAAUUUAAUAAAACAAAAUUUCAGUUCCAAAAAAAUCAGAUUAAAUAUUUGGGUCUCAACUUUAGUCAGAAGGGGGUAGAACCCGACAAAGAAAGAGUAAGAGUGAUUACAGAAUUAAAAAGUCCUACAAACAUCAAAGAGUUGCAAUCAAUUUUGGGCAUGAUAAACUACUUAAGAGCAUUUAUUCCAAAUAUGUCAGAAAUAGUGGGACCAAUGAGAGAGUUGUUAAGAAAGGACAGUAUGUGGGUAUGGAGCAAGGAAUGUGAGGCGGCAUUUAACAGUUUAAAAGAUAUUUUGGCACAAGUACCUACAUUAGCAAAUUAUGACUAUAGGGAUAGUUUUGAAAUACAGUCUAAUGCGUCACAGAAAGCAAUAGGAUGCUGCUUGUUCCAAAAAGGUAGGCCUGUUUAUUAUGCGUCCAGAUGUCUGAGCAGCACAGAACAAGAUUACGCACAAAUAGAGAAAGAAAUGUUGGCUAUAAAAUUUUCCUGCGAAAAAUUUCACCGGCUUAUCUAUGGACAGAAAAUUAUUAAAGUUCAAACAGAUCAUCAGCCUUUAAUUUCGAUUAUGAAAAAAGAUAUACAUAGGAUACCAAACAACAGGUUAAGAAGGAUGAGAGUAUAUUUAUUGGGGUAUAAUCUAGAUGUUCAAUAUUGCCCAGGCAAAUAUAUGUAUGUUGCAGAUUUGUUAAGCAGAAAUUAUACUACUCAUACUGAGAAAACGGAUAAAACAUUAAAUGAUAUAGUUCACACAAUAGAGGAUAUAAGGAUUGAGUUUAAUAAUAACAAAGAGAAUGAAUUUAAAAAAGCAACAUCGGAAGAUAUAGUAUUAAGCAAGAUAUUACAAUAUUUGAAAAAGGGAUGGCCAGCAAAAAUAGAAGAUUGGGGUGAAAUUAGACAUUUUCAUAAGAUAAGAAGUGAGUUAGUCUGUGAAAAGGACUUGAUAUAUUAUGGUUGUUGUUUAGUUGUUCCACAAAUAAUGCGCAAAUACAUAGUUAACAAACUGCAUGAGACACAUUUGGGAACAACUAAAACAAUAAAGAAAAGCAAACAAAUAUUUUUUUGGCCCGGGAUGGUAUCAGAUAUAACCAACUGUGUGAGCCAGUGUGAGACGUGUUUAAAGUUCAGUAAAAAUAAAAUUAAAGAACCAUUGAAAUCACAUAGUAUACCAGACUACCCAUUUCAAAAGAUAGGAAUCGACAUAGCGGAAAUAAAUGGUUGUAAUUACCUAGUGGCAAUGGAUUACUAUUCAAGAUGGUUGGAGGUUCUUAAAUUAAAAAAUAAAACAAGUGAGUCAGUAAUAGAAGUGUUAAAAAUAGUUUUUAGUCGACUCGGGGUCCCAAGGGAAAUAGUGGCUGAUAAUAACCCAUGUGGGUCACAACAAUUUAAGGAUUUUUCAAAAAAAUGGCAGUUUACAAUAAUAUUAUCCAGUCCAAAUUAUCCAAAAAGCAACGGAUUGGCUGAAAAAGCAGUGGGAAUCGCAAAGGAUAUGAUUAAGAAAGCCACUUAUGAGAAUAAAGAUUUAAAAUUAUUUUUACUUAAUUAUCGAAACACACCAGUCGCUGGUCUUAAAUAUUCUCCAGCCCAGCUAAUGAUGUCCAGAGAAUUAAGAACACCUAGUAAUUGCUUGAAUCAAAAUAUAUUUAAACCAAGAGUGGUGAAUUGUAGUGUAGAAAAUCAAUUAAAUAAAAUUAAACAAAAACAAUGGUAUGACAAAAAUGCUGGAUCAGAGGAAAAAGUAUUUAAUAAAGGGGAAAAAGUAGUUAUUUAUGAUAAGUUUAGAAAAGAAUGGAAUACGGCUGAAGUAAUGAGUAAAACCAAAUGGCCUCGUUCCUAUCUGGUUAAAGAUGGGAAGGGAAAAAUAUUGCGUAGAAACACUCACUUCAUAAAACCAGUAGAACAAAGUAUUGUAGAAAAAACCACCAAGUAUGAUGAUAUUGAGGAAGGUGAAAAGGAAGAAAAUACUGAAUUAAAACAAAAAAAUGAAUCUAAAGAAAACAAAAGUGAACAAAAGAAAGAAAAGGAACCUAAUUUAGAGGUAAAACAAAAAAGUGAGAACACUACAGUAAAUAAAAAGGAAUAUUAUACUACUAGAGUGGGUAGGCAGAUAGUGCCACCAAAGCGUUAUAAUAAUUUGUAA